ACACCACUCUUAUUUUAGUUUUGGGUUUUGCGAGGGUUUUUGGUUAGGGGAGACUAUGGUAGGCUGGGCUAUUCUUGAGGCCUUAGAUAUGAUCAAGUCGAGCCGAACCCAGAGACUACUGGAUCCGCCAGUGAUUUACCGUGAUCUCAAAGCAUCAAACAUACUGUUAGAUGCUGAUUUCAAUCCCAGACUCUCUGAUUUUGGCCUUGCCAGGUUAGGCCCAACUGAAGACAAGGACCAUGCAUCAAGAAGUGUAAUGGGGACCUAUUGUUACUGUGCUUCUGAGUCUGCAAUGGCGGGUAAACUGACAACAGUCUCAUGUGUACAGUUUUGGAGUUAUGUUUCUGGAGACAAUCUCUGGUAGAAGAGCUAUUGACUCUGGAUGGCCAACCGAAGAGCAACACCUGAGUGCUUGGAUAUGUUCAUAGAAUUGGAGCAAUAUAACUCCUACUUUCACUUACAUAUUAUAUGAUAAUAAUCAAUAUGUGCCUGAAGUAAUAGUGACUCUGUGAGGAUUGGAUGAAAUGAAGUGAUUGCAUGAUU